AUGGUGAGGCUGUACAAUGAACACAUGGAGAAGAUGGUGGAUGGGACGGGGACAAGACUUCCAGGUUAUUUGCGCUCUUUGCAGUUCCUUAAAGAGGCAGACUUAGCCAGGAUCACUAAAGCUGUCCCUGUCCAGAUGGUAGAAGACACCCGCCACUUUUUCUGGAUCACAGAGAUGAAGAAACUCGGCUUUGAGUAUGUCAUCUUCCACAGUGCCUCAGAGAAGAAGUGCAUCUGCUUGUUCCAGCCUGAGCCCCUCCUGGAGGGGCUGCCUGGGAUUAUCCAUGGUGGCGCACUGGGGACCAUGAUAGACACGUUUUUCAUGACGGUGUACAACAGUGCCAAUGCAGUCUUUACAGGAACCAUAACCAUCACCUUCAAGAGACCACUCACCCUCGGCUCAGUGGUGAGGCUGGAGGCAAAGGUCACUGGCAUGGAAGGAAGAAAGGUGUUUCUCUCUUGCAAAGCCCAAAGCAGUGACAGGACCAUCCUCUUUGCCAAAGCUUCUGACGCCCCACGCAGCUCCGGGCGCAGGGAAGCCCCGAUCCUGCAGUUCCAGAGCUCUCCACGAGGUAGCACUAAGGAGCACACCCUCGCCAGCGCGUGA